CAAACUUUACAAGAAUCAUUGCAGACCUUCUCUUCAACUCAUUUUGUCCUUGAUAAAUUUGAGGAAUGUAUGACCAGUGAUCUUUUCAUUAUAGAGGAUUUUAAGAUUAUCUUUGUUGAGUUGUGA